AUGGCGGGUGAUGGUCGCGGCGCACGCACUCCACUAUUGGAGUGCGGUGGCUACGCGCAAGUGCACGCGUACAAGACGCCGGCACCGCGCUGCUGCUUCUGGCUGGCGAGCCAUAUAAACGUAAGGAAGUGCGUCGCUGGCGUCAUGCUGCUCUCCGUCCUCACCAUAUUCUUCUAUACGUAUUACGUCACGGUGCCGCUAACGAGUUUGGUGUGGCGAGACCGUGUACCGCGGCCAUUGUCGCAGUGUUCGCUGCUCGCGUCGCAGCAGCAGCAUGCACGCGACCACACGUCGGACGCGCGCCUCCGCAUCGAUGCCAAAGUACUCGUCAUCGUCGAGUCGGCCUACUCGCGUCUCGGACGAGACAUCGCCGAACUACUUGUCGCCAACCGAAUUCGGUACAAGGUGGAAGUCGCAGGCAAAAGUCUACCUAUUCUUACCACCUUGGACAAGGGGCGGUACGGAGUUAUCGUCUUCGAGUCGCUAUCAAAAUACGCGAACAUGGACAAGUGGAAUCGGGAGCUUCUAGAUAAAUACUGCCGGGAGUAUUCCGUGGGAGUUUAG